CAGUAGUAAUACUGCAAUUUUGCAAUGUGAACAGAAGGAACAAACGGAGUUGACCUAAUCACUCUUUUUCUUUUCGUUGAAAGCCGGAAACCUCCAGGAUCAUACGCUCCCAAAUAUUUUUCCCACUUUUGCUCUUUUGGCGUAAUUAUUGGAAGGUAAAAUAGAAACGGUACCCACUGUAGCAUGCAAGAAAUGUGUAACAUACUGUAGUAAUGUACUAACAAGCUUAAAGGCUUUGUGCGAACCCAUCAAUCAAACCUACAUAAUUCCUAAAGUGGUCCUGUUUACCUGUAGACAUUCCUAUGGUAUAGUCCUGCAGGUGUGGGAUACUAUCGAUCGCAACCACCAAUGAUUAUGGACACGGCUGUUUGUAUUGCGUACUGUACAUAUGUACAUGUGGAGCAAUCGAAUUAUGAUUUAUCCACAGUGUGAAAGUUGAAACUGUGGAUAUCCAUAUUAACUAAUAUGUAAGAAUGUGAAAUUCUCUUUCGCUUUCUUCAAAAAUGGACGGAUCCAGUCUAGCGCAGCAAUUUCUAGGGAAGCAGAUUUACGUACAACGAAAAAUUGCCAAACCCGAAAUCGACCUGAACGUUCAGUUCGAGCUUGUAGAUAAGCCGAAGAAUAAAUGUUAUGCCGUUCGAAUCGCAGCCACGGUUGCGCUGGAAGGAGCAUGGAUCAGUUGCAGUGCACCGAUUCAUUUUCUUGUGCCGGCCACAGCAUCGUACGAGAUGACCAAAACCGAGUCGGAAACAGAACAGAAACUGGGUAACAAAUUCAAUGCCACAUUGCGUUUCCGCCCGAACUGUACCAGUGCGGAAUUCUGUUUUCGCACCGUCGAAGGAUGCAGCGGUUUCUUGGAGAUCUUCGUAUCCGCUGUCAACAGCACCGGCCGAUGUACACAACGGGAAACCAUUCGUAUUGCACCGCUGUCAACGUAUCGGCGGAUUUCUGCGGUUGACCAGAGCAGGAGUUUUAACAUACUUCAGAUCAAGGGAACUUUCAGCCCGUUGAAAGUGCAGUCUUGGAUGAGCAGCUGCUUUGAAGACAUAGAAAAACUUGGGUACAAAUUAUCGGACCAUGAAGGAACAUUUAGCUUUGAAUCUAUUUUGCUUGGAUCGCACCUUUUGUGCCAGAUCAAGGAAGAGGAGCUGGUUUUCCAUUGUGAAAAUCCCACGACAUUGGCCGUCCUAAUGCAGUUUUUCACCCGCCAAGCGACACAAGAGAAGACCAAAUUGGAUAUUCGUCCAAAGAUCGUGCCGGAGACAUGUGCGGAUACACUGGCUCGCAUUGACCGGAUUCUGGCUCCCAUCAGCGGACGGGAUAACAUUAAAAAUCUCCGGCAAGCCGUCACUGAGAUAACGGCAGCCGAGGGCGCGGAAUCAAUGCUGCAUCCCGCUUUCCGAUCGGACGGCUGGAGAAAGCUGCAAGGCAUCGACAGCGGAGUGGAUGGCGAUUGCGAAAUCAGCAUUGAUUUCAUGCAUGCUCUAAUUGUAGAUCUUAUGAAAGAUUACGCCAAACUCUGCGGGAGAAGCAUCAUGCAACGAUUACCGGAGCUGGCCAACAUUCUCAGCAACGAUUAUUCCCUGAGAAAUCUGCACAAUUUCCUCAACUCUGUUUGAACACUGUGAAUUACUGACUCAUUGACGAGAUGACUGUUUGCAUUUCUGCAAAUAACGACAAAAAUAGAAAGCCAUCAUCAAAUCGAUUAUUUGAACGGAUGUUGCAGCAGAAGAAUACGCAUUUACAAAGAUACAGUAGUUGCCGUUGUAACGCAUAAAAUCUUUAUUUAACUUGUUCUGUUGACCAGUGAGCACAAUAAAAACAAUAGUCAAAAUUUCAAUUUACAAACCCGCU